AUGUUUAUCCUGCACUCCACCAAUGGCACACUUGUUCUACUUCUCUAUGUCGAUGACAUAAUACUCACCGGCAAUAAUGAUGACCUUGUCACUCGAUUCAUUAGUCGUCUGGGGCAGGAAUUUUCUAUGACUGAUCUUGGAGAAAUACAUUAUUUUUUGGGUAUUGAAGCUACUCGGACCGACAAAGGACUUUUCUUAUCUCAAAGUAAAUACACUAUUGAUUUGCUCCACUACAUAGGGAUGGUUGGCUGUAAACCUUGUGUCACCCCUGUCCCUAGUGGCUCCAAGCUUUCAGCCUGUGAAGGAACUCCUUUACUUGAUUCCAAAGAAUACAAACAAAUUGUGGGUACGCUUCAAUACCUCACAUUGACUCGGCCAGAUGUAUCGUAUGUAGUUAAGCACAUGCAUGCACCAACAACAUCUCACCUUGAGGCAGUAAAGCGAAUCUUACGCUAUCUAAAACAUAUAAUUGGUGCAGUUACACUUCUUCAAGCUGGUCCACUUGAUCUUACUGUAGCAUACACAGAUGUAGAUUGGGCUGGGUGCCCAGACACACAACGCUCUACAACUGGUUUCUGCACUUUUAUGGGACCCAAUCUCAUAUCUUGGGGCUCUAAGAAACAGCCCAUUGUUUCUCGAUCCAGCUCUGAAGCUAAAUACAAGGCUUUGGCUGUAACCGUCUCUGAGAUGAUGUGGCUAUCUUAUAUACUAAAUGAUCUACACAUUGCAUCCCCUCAACCAAUGGUGGUCUACUGUGACAACAUCUCUGCCACAUGCAUGGUGUAA